AUGGCCGCCGCCGCCGCCACCGCGGAGCAGGAGAAGAAGCUCCUUUCGUCGGUGGUGGACGACAUCCGCUCCUACUCCGGGUCCGACCCGCUGCGCCCGUGGCUCCGGGGGAUGCGGAAGAUGGAGCGGGCGCUGCCGCCGGCGAUGCUGCGGGAGAAGCUGCCCAGGUUCCUGCAGAAGUGCGCGCAGGAGUUCCAAGGUGACGCGCGCUACCACGACGACCCGCGAUACCUCCGCGUCUGGAUCCAGCUGAUGGACUAUGUGACGGAUGCGAAGCCAUUGCUCAAGAAGAUGGAGUGGAAUGGAAUAGGCUUCAAGAGAGCUUCAUUCUAUAUGGCUUUUGCUCUGUAUUAUGAGAAGCACAAGAGGUUCAAUGACGCGGAGAAGAUGUAUCGUUUGGGAAUCCAGAACCUUGCAGAGCCUAUUGGAGAGUUGCAAAAGGCACAUGAACAGUUUCUUCUUCGCAUAGAAUCAUACAAGAGGAGGAAAGAUAAAGAAAGAAUGCCUAGGAAAGCUGAGUCAAGUGCUACACUGAUGAACCAAGUUGAAGGUGAAAGCAGAAACUGUAAAGAACUGAAAUCCAAUACAAUGCAAAAGUCAAGAAGCAGUUCCAAUCCCUCAGUAGGUUGUUAUCCUCCAUUAGGACCUGCUAAAGUGGGCUCUGCAUUGGUUGGGAAGUCAGAAACUGAAGAUGCAUGCCAUCAUGGCUUAGUUGAACCAACUAUAAACACUAAGGAGGCUAUGGAUGCCAUCAAUAGCAUGUUUUUGGAGCCAGUGGAACCUGAGACAAUGCUCAAGAGACGAUCAAAACCUAAGAAACCAAAUUAUGAUCAGCAGGCAAGUGCAUUUGGUAUCUUUGUUGAUGAAGAUGAACCUAAAGGUAAUCCAAAUGUGCUUCACAACAACAGCAUGAAGCAAGACCAUCUGAAAUUCAGUCAAGAAAUAGGAGGGUUUGCGAUCUUUGUUGAUGAGGAUAGUCCUGAUGGCAACGACCAAAAUAAUGCCACAUGCCACAGGAAGAAUAGGUCUCCUCCAAGACCAUUAUGUGAUUCAUCUAAGAAUCGAGGCGAAAGUGACUUUCAGAAGCCAUGUGUUGGAGGAUUUGCAAUACAGCCAGAUGAUGAAGAAGAACAAUGUGAGCAAAGUGAUGACGGUAUGAAGAUGAAUUCUAGAACUGUGCAGCCUACUAAUGAUAAUAAUACUUUGCUCUGUCCAGUUCGAGAUGAUUCAGGAACAAGAUAUCAUGAAGGUUCUCAUCCUGUGAGUUCUGGGCUUGAAGAAGACACUGUCAUUCAUAGAUUUGUUGGAUCCACUAUUGAUGAUGAGCCUAAGGUGGAAAAUGCAUGCCACCAUGGGUUAGUCGAUCCAACUGUCAAUCUAAAGGAGGCUAUGGAUGAUAUAAAUAAUAUGUUUGGGAGACCACUGAACUUCAAGGGUGACAGAACGAAGCGGAAAGCCAAUGCACUGUCAGAUAGAAAAACAGCUCCAGCUUCUGGUUUCUCCAUAUUAGCUGAUGAUGACCUAAAAGAUAACCCUACCAGCAAAGCCGAUCAGAAGAAUUCUUGCAAAUUUGAUGCUGAGGAUGGUCUAUUUGAGCCCACAAUCACCACCCGUGAUGUCAUGGCAGAGAUCAAUGAUAUGUUUGGAAUGCCACUGGACUUCUAA